GGGUAUGUGCUGUGCUGUUUCUCGGUAACUUGACACCGGUGAGCUCGUGUUAAACUAUGAGAAGUUGAGUUCCGAUCCUGAUCCUGAACAGACACCUGAGGAUCUUCUCCGGGCUCAGCGUGGAGCAGCAGCCGCAGCAGCCAGGAUGAUCCCGGUGGGUGAACUGAAAAACCUUGGCACAGAGCCGAACUCCAAGUUUCGGGUGCUGAAGCCGUGGUGGGAUGUUUUCUCAGAGUACCUGUGCAUUGCCAUGCUGAUGAUCGGAGUCUUUGGUUGCACCCUGCAGCUCACUCAAGACAAGAUUGCAUGCCUGCCCAGUCACUUCACCAGCCCAACGCCAGAGGCAAUCGACUGCAGCCACAUCAGCACUUACGCAGAGAACAAGACAAGGCAGCACACACUGGUCAAACCUGCAAGUCCCAUCAUGGUGGAGGUGACCGGCCGCAAGAACAACCUGGACAUCCAUCAGUAUUUGUUUGUUAAUCACUAUUGCUACGAGAGGUUCGUCCACUGGUACGCAAAGUACUUCCCCUACCUCGUCGUGAUCCACACUGUGAUAUUCAUGGCAGCAAGCAGCUUCUGGUUCAAGUUCCCCGGGACAUCUUCUAAGAUUGACCUCUUUGUGACCAUCCUCGUGAAGUGCUUUGACUCCCCGUGGACCACGAGGGCCCUAAGUGAAGUGUCGGAGGAAAGAGGAGAGGAGAAGCUGGUCAUUUGGAGGAGGAACACCACCUCAAAGGAACACGCAGAGCGACGAGGGGAUGAGGAGGAGACCACAGGGCUUCUUCGCUCCUUGUCUGUCAAGUCUAAUCCAGAAAAGAAAACCCCAGAGUCUCAGUCUGCCCUCUCCGCCCUGGACAAGAAGGAAGGCGAGCAGGCCAAAGCUCUAUUUGAAAAGGUUAAGAAGUUGAGAACUCAUGUAGAGGAGGCAGACCUCUUGUAUGUCAUGUAUGUGCUACAGACAUCGGUCAAGGUCUUUAAGUUCCUUUUGAUCAUCAUCUACACUGCAGUGAUGGCACCAAACAUUGAGAUUGUAGUGCACUGUUACGUUCCUCCUGAACUGACUGGUUUUGACAUUUUUUGCUGUAACCACAACAAAGCCCAUCUUUUCUCCAAGCUUGCUUAUUGCUACAUCUGCUUUGUGGGAGUGUAUGGUCUCCUGUGUAUCUAUUCCUUCUACUGGCUGUUCCACCGGCCACUCAAAGUGUACUCCUUUGACCAGGUCAGACUAGAGACAGGUAUUAAUGAUAUACCAGACGUAAUGAAUGACUUUGCGUUCCUCCUGCACCUUGUGGACCAAUAUGAUGCCCUCUACUCUAAGAGAUUUGCUGUCUUUCUGUCUGAGGUCAGUGAGAGUCGUCUCCAUCAGCUCAACCUCAACCACGAGUGGAACGCCAAAAAGCUACGCGACCGUCUUGUCAAGAACACAAAUAACCUGUUGGAACUGCACUUGUCAAUGUUGCCGGGGCUUCCCGACACCGUGUUUGAGCUGUCUGAGGUGGAAUCGCUCAAACUGGAGCAAAUUAAAAACGUUACAAUCCCACUGACUGUGGCAAAGCUAGACUCUCUCCAGGAAUUGUCGCUGCUCUACUGCCAAGCAAAGCUCCAGCUGCCGGCCCUGAACCACCUGAAGGAACAUUUGAAGAUCCUUCGUCUAUCUUUUGAAAAUUUCGAUGAAGUACCUUUGUGGAUGUACACCCUGAGUGGUCUGGAGGAGCUUCAUCUGAACAGUCCCUUAACUGAGGUGUCCAAAAGUGCCAAUCUGGACUCCCUUCGAGACCUUCGAGCUCUGAGACUCCUCACUUUCCGCUCCAACCUUUCAAAAAUCCCACCCAGCGUGGGGGAUGUAGCAGUGCAGCUGCAGAAGUUGUGCAUCUAUAAUGAAGGUGUCAGACUCCAGGGGUUCAGCAGCCUGAAGAAGUUAACCAACCUGCUUUCACUGGAGUUAGUGGGCUGUGAGUUGGAGCGCAUCCCAAGUGCUGUCUUCAGCCUGAACACUCUACAGGAGUUGGACCUGAAAGACAAUAAACUGACCACUGUUGAGGAGAUACUGAGUUUACAGCACUGUCGCCGGUUAGUGACCCUGCGACUGUGGCACAACAAAAUCACUUACAUCCCUGAUCACAUCAGUAAAUUGCACUCCCUAGAGACGAUAGAUCUCAGCUGGAACAAGCUGAGGAAGCUUCCCUCUCGACUGUUUUAUUGCACCAAGCUCAGGCACAUAGAUGUUUCCCACAACCAGCUGACAUCUCUUCCUCCUGAGGUGGGCAUCCCACAAGGCCUCCAGUUCUUCUCCGCUGCUUUCAACUCUCUAGAGAUGGUGCCAGAGGAGCUGUUCUCCUGUAAAAAGCUAAAGACGCUGGCUCUUGGAAACAACUGCCUGUCAUACCUAAGCCCUAGCGUGGCCAACCUGGCUCAGCUGAUCCGACUGGAGAUUAAGGGGAAUCGUCUGGAGUCUCUUCCUCUGGAGAUAGCAGAUUGUCCCCUUCUGAAUGUCAGUGGGUUGAUAGUAGAGGACAACCUGCUGGAUCUGCUGCCACCGGAUAUGCGAAGCAGGCAGGCAAUGAGCUAAGUUUGUAGAGCUAAUGCACGCGUCUUCUCUCAGUGGACUGUCAUGGUCGAAGGUCAUGGAAAAUGUGCAGUGUGUUGAUCUGUAGCACUAGAGGGAACUUUGUCGUGUCCAGAAUUUCUUCUGCUCUGCUCAUUGGCUUCUCAGAGUUUUUUUACACUUAAAUUUGAUCACAAAUGUCAGAUACUGUGUAGGCUCAUGUGCAAGCCAGUCAUGUUCCCUUGUGGAUCUCAAUUUCAAGAAUCUCAUUAUUUGAGAUAUAUAAAGAUUAGUGGAGGGAGAAUUUUACGAUCUUAAUUAUGGAUCAGGCUGAGACAAGAGAAUGGCUUUUUCUCAGGAGCUAAAUUUAUGGGAUAUGAGAAGUCAAAAUCGAAUAUCUGAUCUUAAAUUAAAGGUUCAACCUCCAAACAUGAAAGAGAACUUGUGUUCCGGUGUUUGUUUUGUCCAGUUAGGACUAUUGUAAAAAACAUAGCGGCCUCUGUAGAGAGGAUCCUUUCCCCACGUAAAUAUAAAGUAGUUAAAUAUAAAGGGCCCAUUCUAGGGUAAAGUAAACAACAAUUCAUACAAUUUAGAUUAUUACACACCAGUGAAAACAUCGCUAGGGUUAUUUAAUAUUCAAUUUCUGCCUUACACAAUGGACCUUUAACAUUAAACAUUUUAAGCUCGGUAAUGUCUAGGAUAAACAGGAAGGACAAAGAGGGGAUAUGGAAUUUUCCUUUCCUCUGCAGCUAAAACCAUCACUAAAUCCAGAAGUCAACCUGCAAAAAAAAAAUGAAACUUUUUUAUAACAUGUAUGUUUCAAUUUACGUCAGAUGAGUGUUUCUGAAAUAUUUUUAUGCAUUUUCUAAAAAAUACAUUUUUCAAGUAUUUUACGAAGGUCAUAUGUGUCCUGUAAAUACCUUACUGUAUUUAUUUAUUUUUUAAAUGGUGCAUAUUGUACAUUAUUGUAAACUUUAUUAUAAAUACAGAGUCAGACUGAUGUUAUGUGUAAUAAUUAGCAUUAAUAAAAGAAAAACCUUGUAAUUGUCCAGAGCCAACGUUUUUAUACACGCUUCUCCCUGCACAAUAUGUAGCAGGUUCCCCUUAGAGCCAGAGAUUAGUAACUGUGCUGUAUCCUGUUGAACAGGUUCAUACAGCAUUGAGCGCAUUUCCCACAGUGUGGGGGCUCAUGUUGCUGCCUUUCAGGCACCAAACAAGCAGGAAGAAGAAAAAGCCUUUCAGCAAGAGAAUAAUAAGUGUCCACUCCUCUAUUUACGGAUUCUGUCCAAUUGAGGUGGAGACUGAAUACUUACAGAUGAGUAUGAAUCAGGUAAAGGUCAAGUCAACAUAAUAUUCAUCAUGCAAAGCAGGUCUGAGUAAAUAAUCAUAAAGCCAGAGAAAAGACAAAACAUCAGUCUUCAAAUGUCUUAGAUAUACAAUGAUGUCUUCGGUGAGGGGUGAUGCUCUUGAUUUCAACAUUUUAUGAAUUAAUGGCUACCACAGUUUCAUUCAGCUUUUAAUAACUUGUGAGGUAAUUGGUUUCCAGAAAACCCUGUCAACCAAGUGAUUUGAGUAAUAACAUGUUAAAAACUAUAUUGUAAAUUUCCCUCAUAUAAUUCUAAGAUUUUAAAAGUUUCUGUAGCUCAACUGAAGGUCCAUCUAGUUACUUGUUUUAGUGUUAUAGUUUUUGGGGUUUAAAUGCUUUAAAUGUUACAUAUUAAACUUAGUGUUUUUCUCUCUCACACACAAAGAAAUUCCUUCCUUUUUUCUUUCUCCCUAUGUUCAUACGAGCAGUAUCUCUGUCCCAGACUCCGAUUUGCAUUUCACGUCUCACAGGACGUCCACCUCUCUGCCUGAACUGCUCUGCCAUCAUGUCCUGGCUUGCACAGUAAUAAAAUGUGAUCCUGUCAGCCGGGUUACAGACAUACCACAGUAAUGUUUGAGCGUACACUGACUGUGUACUGUGCCACACACCUCCAUGGCCAACUGUUCUUUUCUUUCACAUUUCAUCCUUUAUGGAUUUGAGCACUGAACCUUUUCAGUAAAAUAGACAAAGAGGGGGAUUGAACUGUGGAAUUUUUCAGAACUGCAUGAACUUAUAUAAUCGUUUGUCUUUCAUUUCCAUUUUUUUUUUUUUAUACAGUGAAAAAGUUUGUAUGAGGAUUAAAUGAUGAUAAGAGUGACCAAAUUAUCACUGUUGUCAGUAUUAUCGUACUAUUGUUGAAAUGUGCAACAUUUACAUUGAAAAGGGAAGGUUGUAGCUUGUUAAGAAGUCAACUCAGAAUAUGUGAUGUUGUUGAAAACAGCAUGUUUAAUAUCUGUGUUUUCAAAGGUUCAGUUCCCCUUGACAGCAAAGUGGCCUGACUCAAUUAUUUAGACUUCCCACAAAUUCAAACAAUGAUUUAGUAAAGUCCAACAGAAGAAGGAAGUAAAUUGCUUUAAACAACAGAGUGUUGUCCACGUUGUUGAUAAUGGCGUGUAUCAACCAAAUCACCAUGGUAAUAACGGACGUUUAGGAUUUAAACUGUAAAAUUAACCAUUUGGUAUCAAAGUCCAUAAUUCAUAAGAUGUUUUAUGGUAUUUUACCACUGUCUUUAUAUAGAUUGAUAUGGCUGAUAUGAGACCUCUAAGAAAGCUUAAGUGAUUUUUUUUUAUAACUUUUAAUAUAGUUCAUGUGCAGUAAAGUGUGUUUUGUCCUCUUCCUCAGCACGCUCUCUGUUAAACUAUUGUAUGUUGAGAUCAACAGUCCUCUUAACUUUGGCAGGCGUUAAAAUUAAAAUUAAAGGGCCAGUGUGUAAGAUCUAGGAGAAAUGGCUCUAUUGGCAGAAUUUGAAUAUAAAAUUAUCCUAAUGGUGUUUUCACCAGUGUUUAAUCAUCUAGAUUGUACAAACUGCUGGUGAAUGGGUCCUUUAUAUUUAAAUACUUUAUAUUAACAUCGAAACGGUUCUUCUCUACUUAGGCCGCCAUGUUUGUUACAGUAGUCCAGACUGGACAAACUAAACACCUUUUGCGUUUUUAUGACAAAUGAAGGUUACCACAGUUUCUCUUUCAUGCUAGGAAUGCAACUUUACCACUAGAUUGCACUAAAUUCGACACACUGAACCUUUUAGUUAGUUUAAAUGUAACUAAUUUCUUUCUUUUCAGGCCUUAGGAUAACAAAUAGGUAAGUAAACAUUAAGAGCAGACUACAUUUAUACAACUAUUCAAAUUUGUCAUUCAACCACAGUAAGUACAAUAUCAUUUCAGAAUAGUCAAAGAGGUGAGUAUGAACGGAAAUUUGCUACUUUAUAUUAAAGAUUGUGUAUAUUUUACAAAUAAGGGACAUCAUUUUUUCAAAGAAUUCUAUAAUUAAAUCAUAAAAAAUCUGCUACAACAAAACUUGCAUCUAAAAGAAGGUACAGUAAGAGAUGCCAGUGGAAUGGUUGGGCUUCACUUGAACAAGGUCGCCCCCUGUGUGCUGACAAUGAGGGCAAUACAUCCUUUCCUUUCUAACUUCUUCUGUGGGUCAGAAUCUACAAUUUAAAAUACCUAAUUUCACCACCAGAAGGAGUUUCUGUGUUUUUGUUGUAACACAUGAUUACCUCCUGUGAGGAGAUUAUGUUUUCACCCCUGUCCCUGUUUGUUUGUUUGUGAGCAAGAUUACACAAAAACUAUCUGUCGGAUUACAACAAAACUUGGUGAAAGGGUGAAAUAUGGGUCCAGGAAGCACCCGUUAAAUCGUGGUGUGGAGUCGGAUCAGGGGACGAGAUGGGGCUCUUUUCAACACUUUGCAGCCUUUAUUUGCCUGAGAGUAAUUUAUGAAUCUUGAUGAAAAAAUCUUGCAGCGAAGAAAUAAUCCCAUCAAAUCCAAGAUAAUUCCAGACAAAAAAUUCUGAAGGAAACUCUGAAGAUUUUCUUAUUCUUAUGGUGUAUUUUAAUCUAAUACAAACAGGGACUGUGGAUUUUUAAUAAUAGGAGGGAAGUUUCACAGAAGUUUUAAUUUUGGAUACCUGUCUGUCUAUCCAUCUGAAAUCUAUACUUUUAAGGGCCAUGCUCAUUUACUGAUUAACUGUUUUUGCCUAAAAUGCAACGAACAGCAGAAAAGGGGAGAAGAAUGUACCCAAAGUGAUGUAUUCAGUCAUCUUGCUGUGUCCAAACUUCCGACAGGAUCCACUGACUUCAAUGUAAUAUGUCCAAGCAAUUGCAUUUGAAACUUUGAAAUGAUACUUUUACUUUGUAAAAGCUAGUAAAAAACAAAAAAGAGAAACGACUUAAACAAUUAGCUGCUGAUUAAUUUUCUCCUGUUAAACUAAUCAGGUUAUUUAUAUAGAUUUUCUAAAGUAUAAUAAAAGGGCAUCCUUAUGGAGUCUAAUCAGA